CAUUUUAUUCGAGAUUCAUUCGCUCAGCGCUGCACUUCACACAGAAUCUGCUUGCAUCUACUUUCUCUCUCUACUCUUUUUCUCUCUCUAGAAUUAUCAUCUGAAAUGGCGGAUCACAUCAAGGAAGAGGAGAAACACGGUGAAUCGUUCAUGGAAAAGAUUGCGGAGAAAAUCCACGGCCACGGUUCGUCGUCGUCCUCCUCCUCGUCGGACUCCGAUGAUGAGAAGACGGCGUCGUUGAAGUCGAAGGUGUAUCGCCUCUUCGGCAGGGAGAAGCCCGUUCACAAAGUCCUCGGCGGUGGCCAACCUGCCGAUUUGCUCUUAUGGAAAGACAAGAAAGUUUCUGGAGGAGUCCUAGGUGGGGUCACUGCUAUCUGGGUUUUGUUCGAUCUUCUAGAAUACCAUUUACUCGCCUUGGUCUGUCAUGGUUUGAUUCUUGGACUGGUUGGUUUGUUCUUGUAUUCAAACGCUAGCACCUUCAUUAAAAAAUCUCCACCAAAGAUCCCGGUUGUAUCUAUCCCGGAAGAGCCCGUGUUGAACUUUGCAUCUGCUCUCAGAAUUGGAAUCAAUGAAGGCUUUGCAACUCUGAGGGACAUUGCCUCUGGCAAGGAUUUGAAAAAAUUCCUCUCUGUGAUUGCUGGAUUGUGGGUGUUGUCGUUUUUCGGCAGCUGCUGUGACUUCUUGACGCUGCUAUAUUCAAUUACGGUGCUGUUAUUCACUGUGCCGCUGGUUUACGACAAGUAUGAAGACCAGGUGGAUUGUUUUGCUGAGAAGGCAAUGGUUGAGAUCAAGAAACAGUAUGCUGUAUUUAAUACCAAGGUUUUGAGCAAGAUUCCAAGAGGACCGUUGAAAGAAAAGAAGAGUGAUUGAGAUUUGAAGCAUUAUAAUAUUUUUAAAGAAUUAUUAUGGUAGAUAUAUUAUGGUUUGUUGGGUGCUUUGAUUGUUAUGUGGGGUUUUGUCAAUGAAGGGUUUAUGGUGCAUCGUACGGGUGUAGUACUAGUUCAUUAUUAAGUCUAUAUUGCCUUUUUUUUUAUUUUUUUUUAUUUAGGUAUGCACGUUGUGUUUUACUUCAUUGAACAGAAUACAUCGUUAUAUCUGCAGUGACUGUAAUAUUUUUCUUUGUA